UCAGUGACUUAUAGUGGGACUGCGGUGGGCAUUCUGACACUGGGGGGAACUGACUUGGUGUCACUGACAUCCCCAGUGACACCAAUACAGUGAUCAGUGCUAAUAAAAAGUACUGACAAGGUACUAAUGACACUGGGCAGGAAGGGGUUAACAUGUGGUGCGAUCAAAGGGUUAAAUGUGUGCUGUGUUGUGUUUUACAUAGUGUGUGCUUUACUAGGGAAGCAUGCUGCUUUGUAUUGCUCUGCUACGCAGAGCAAUACAGUACAAAGAAGCAUGUCGUUACUGACAAUGGAGAGAUCUGUGUUUUCACACAGACCUCUCCCCUGUCACUGUUCCUGGGCGAUCACC